UUUGACUGUGGGUGACUGGUGAGAGGAAGAUGGGUUCACUUUGUCAUUAUGGUUUUUCUUUUCGGCAAUGUCCACGGAUGUUUAUGCCCCCCUUUCGCUUUGCGUUCAGUUAUACUUCGAUUUGUACAAUUCAUUGCACGGUCCGUUUUAUUGCAGCGCCCGAGUUGCAUUGGUGCUAAGAGCUUCAAUUGUUGCCAGUGUGCAGUAUGACUGCAGUGACUGCCCUGGGUUGCGAGUUUACCCACGGAGAGCCGGUAUACCUCCAAUAUUACGAAUAUAGGACAGGCGGGGAUGCAAAUCCAGCAGUCCGGUUCAUGCACUUGUUGCCUGCUGUUGUGGUCGUCGACUGAGCGAAACAUGCCGGUGCACACGUUUUGGAUUGCACCGAAGGAAGGAAAUGGACGGAAAGUGAUUUGAUCUUUGCUGCUCCUCAAUUCUUCAAGAAAACAGCAAUGAAAUUGGUUAUAUUGGAGAACAACACCAAAGCCAGUGAAUGGGCUGCAAAAUAUAUCCGGAAUCGGAUCGUCCAAUUCAACCCUGGUCCAGGCAGAUAUUUCACCUUGGGGCUGCCAACGGGAAGCACUCCAUUGGGAAGCUAUAACAAGUUAAUUGAAUAUUAUAAGAAUGGAGACCUAUCCUUCAGAUAUGUGAAAACAUUCAACAUGGAUGAAUACGUAGGUCUUCCGAAGGGUCAUCCUGAAAGCUUUCACUCUUUCAUGUGGAAUAAUUUCUUUAAGCACGUGGAUAUCCUGGCAGAAAAUACGCAUAUUCUGGAUGGAAAUGCUCCAGACCUGGAGGCCGAGUGCAAUGCUUUUGAGGAGAAAAUUAAGGCGGCAGGAGGAAUUGAGCUGUUUGUUGGCGGUAUUGGUCCAGAUGGUCACAUUGCUUUCAAUGAACCAGGGUCCAGUCUUGUAUCUCGCACCAGAGUGAAGACGUUGGCAAAGGAUACAAUAUUGGCCAAUGCUAGAUUCUUCAAUGGAGAUUUGACUAAAGUCCCUACGAUGGCUUUGACAGUUGGAGUGGGCACAAUAAUGGACGCCAGAGAGGUGUUGAUUCUCAUCACGGGAGCUCAUAAAGCCUUGGCUCUGUACAAAGCAGUAGAAGAGGGUGUAAACCAUAUGUGGACUGUGUCAGCACUUCAGCAACACCCCAAGGCGCUGUUUGUAUGUGAUGAAGAUGCCACAUUGGAACUCCGUGUAAAAACAGUCCAGUAUUUUAAAGGCCUGUUGCAUGUUCACAAUCGGCUUGUAGAGCCAUUAUACAGUAUGAAGCAAAAUGGUGUCGUUAAGGAAGCAGCUUGCUAGUUUUAAGGAACACUUUUGAUCUGCAGGACCUUCCACAGAAAGCAGUACUCCUGACUGAUUAACUGAAGGAAAUCUGACCUGAAAUGUUAAGAUAGAUGACCUUUGUGCUUUUCUUGUGUUAACAAUGAAAACUUUUGUUUUUGUGGUGAGGACAAUGAUGGAAUGUACCUUAAGUCUGCUUAAGAGUGGAGAGCUGAGACCUGUUCAUCUGAACUCCAGUGAUCUGACCCAUCAGCUUUUCAUGAAAACCAGAAUUGACGACAAUGGUGUUCCCAACCUGUUCAAUGAUUUAUAUUUACGAAUUGAGCAACUUGCAGCUUGGAUCUUUUGGAUCACAAUUUUGAAAUGUUUCUUUUAAACCAGUUAGAAAAAUUUGAAAAGCUAUUAAUUCUGCAAUUUAAAGUUGAGAAUCUGCCUACUAAUGAGGACAAAGCCAUAAUGAUUUAAAUGUUAUUAAAAAUGAUCUUGCACAGAAGUCACUAUGAAGUGCUCAGUGCCUCCCAACGCUUUGCCGAUCAGUAUCAUUGUUUCUAGUAUUACUAUACAUUGAAUUAAUUUGUAAUUCAGUCAUGAUGUCUUAUCCCUGUUAUAAUUUCUUGUUAAAAAUCACCUCCCAACAUGGGCAAAUUUAUCUUUGCUUUUUGAUAACUUUUGCUGAUAAUGUGUUUAUUGAACAAGACUUAACAAAUUCCUGUAGUCCAUCUGGUUAAUGUUUAAAAACCAAUAAACUGCUAUAUCUCUCAAUGCCUUUUCUGCUUUAUUGCCAACCAGCAAUCCCAUAUUUGCUAUACUUCGCUUCAGUUCUCCUAGGCACUGUUCCACAUAACCACCAGUUUCUGUGGACAUAGUGACUUCAGAGAACUGCACACACAACUGAUGAAGGAUUUUGAGUCCUGCCCAAAGCAUCGACUGUUUAUUCCCCUCUGUAGAUGCUGCUCGACUUAAUGAGUUCCUCCAGCAUUGUAUGUGUGUUACACAAACAACUCCUUGUUUGCACGUGAUUUUAAAAUGUUUACUGUGUUGGGUCACAAUAGAAAGAAUUUUGCAAUGGGCAAUUCAGUGAAGUAUAGAAGCUUCCAUACUUUCUUCCCCUAAAGUUUGAAAUGAAUUGAGGGAUUGUUGUGCACUGUUAUGGCACUUUGCACUGGUUACUGGCUAGUUAGUAGUUCAACGUGUUUGUUUCAGUGAUUCUGUGUGUCUCUGAAGGCUAAUACAGAAAAGAUAUAUUUUAUGAAAUUUUGUGAAGAAAAUCGUUGGAGCAGAAUUAAUGGAAGUAAGCCAUAUUGCCAUGUUGUUUCAUUGUCAA